AUGUCCGGCGUCCACCCCGACAGCACUCCCGUCCCCGCCAACAAGAGCACCGCAGAGCACCCCGCACCGCCGCACAAGGACUCGACCGCCUCGCACCCACCACCGCAGAAGCCCGAUCCCACCCUCACCAGCAACGACCAUGCCUCCCAAAGAGGACAGCCCGCCGCCCGUUCCUCCGCCGCCGCCGAACUCUCCGGUCUUACGCUAAGGCUCAAGCAGUCGCUGCGCCAGUUCCCCGACUUCCCCAGCCCGGGCAUCUUGUUCGAGGACAUCAUGCCCCUGUUCGCCGACCCGGAGCUGCACGAAGACCUCAUCCGCGCCCUCGUGCUCCACGUCUCGCAAAACUACGAGAAGCCUGACGUCGUCGUCGGCUUGGACGCCCGCGGCUUCCUCUUCGGCCCCAGCCUGGCGCUGAGACUGGGCGCGGGAUUUGCGCCCAUCAGGAAGAAGGGCAAGUUGCCGGGCCCGUGUGAGACGGCCGCGUAUGAGAAGGAGUACGGAAGCGACUUCUUCCAGAUGCAGGCCGAUGCGGUGAAGCCGGGCCAGAAGGUGCUUGUGGUGGAUGACAUCAUUGCUACUGGCGGCUCCGCAGCAGCAGCAGGCUCCCUCGUCAAGAAGCUCGGCGGCACGCUCCUGGGCUACGUCUUCAUCCUCGAACUCGACUUCCUCAAAGGCCGCGAUAAGCUUGAUGCGCCCGUCUACACUCUUCUCCACGGCCAGGAGUAA